CGAUCCGAAUUUCAUAGUGCGAAAAAAUCGAAAAAUAUUCCAAUCAUCCUUGUAAUUAAACUGAAAAUUUUUCUAGAAAAUUAUUCAUUGCACAAAUCUCGUUCGAUUGAAUAGUGAAUUUAAUAAUUUUCGAUAAUUUUUCGCUGAAAAUUUCACAUUUUUUCGGAAACAGUGUUGAAGCGAUGUAUUGAUUCAUGUUGUGACAUUAAUUUUGUUGUUGUAGGUAACAAAAAAAAAAUCAUUCAAGAUGGGUAAGGGAAAUAAUAUGGUUCCAAACCAGCACUUUCACAAGUACUGGCAACGUCAUGUGAGAACCUGGUUCAACCAACCCGCACGCAAACACCGUCGUCGUGUUAACCGCAUCAAGAAAGCCAAGGAAGUUUUCCCACGACCAGCUGCUGGCCCACUUCGUCCAGUUGUACGAUGCCCAACAGUUCGUUACCACACAAAGCAACGCAUUGGACGUGGUUUCACCGUUGAAGAAUUGAAAGGUGCUGGUUUGACCGCAGGUUUUGCUCAAACCAUUGGCAUCGCCGUUGACCGUAGACGUCGUAACAAGUCGGUCGAAGGACAACAAGAGAAUAUCCAACGCUUGAAGGAAUACCGCAGCAAGUUGAUCUUGUUCCCAGUGCACGCUAACCGCAAAUUGCGCAAAGGUGAAGCCACGGAAGAAGAACGCAAAACUGCCACACAAUUCAAGGGACCAGUUCUGCCACUCACCAAACCAGUUGCAGAAGUUGAAUUCCGUAAAAUCACAGACGAAGAAAAGAAAUUCAACGCUUUCCACACUUUGCGUCGUGCUCGUGUUGAUGCUCGUUUGGUUGGAAUCCGUGCCAAGAAAGCCCGAGAAGCCGCCGAAAACGCUGAAAAUGCAAAAACAAAGGGAAAAUAAGAAGUUAACAUCCGCAUACUCUUACACAACAACAAGUGUAUUCGUGUGAAUGAAAACGGAAAAAAAAUAAAAACUUUACUUCAUAUUUUCGGAUAAACGAAUGUUAAAAAAUA